CAAGGGAGGGCAGCAGGGACUAAAGUCCUGGGGCCUGACGCACCCCCCCGCUUGCGAGUCAGCCGCGUAGUCGCCGGCUAAGAAUAGGACUACUAACCCCAAUUCAAGGUGUCAAGCGACCCGUGCUGAGGAAUGAGUGAUCGAGGGGGUGAAAAAGAUGCUCGAUCUUUAACGGAGCCUGUGGGGUACCUGGGCACCCCCCCACAGUAAGCUGUCCCUUACCGCGUUAAUGCAGGGCUCUGGCGUGGUGGACAUUCUUUCCCGUGCUACUCGUGGGAUUUAAUCAUGAAGUCAAAUAAAAAUCAGAAUCUAGGUGGAAAUAGUGGUGGGAUCAACCAAAGUCCAAAUUAAGUCGUCGCACUCGGGCUCAAACCGGGUACCACUUCUAGUACUACAUUUGGUCCCCGGUACCCAAGUUUGACAUGUGGCUGCAUACCUCAUUUUUUAAUACUUUGUGACACAGUUGCCCACGACGAGGUAGUAGCUUAGGACAACAAACUGAUUUCAAAAUGUCAAUUCAAAAGAAAAAAAAAACAUCUCAUUGAAGACGUUUACGGACCUCAAUCAGCUAUUAGAAAAAACUCUUAUGUGAAAACAGAUUUUAAGGUGCUUUUCCUUGAACCGAAUCUAAAACCGACGGCACGCACAAUGGCGUUUCCUCUAUCUAGCCUAGAAUGAUAUCGUGUGUCUAUAGGCUCUGAGGCUAGCUUAAAACAUUACCGGCUCAAGAACCCAGCUGAGAAUGCUUUCAGGAAUGGCCUUUCCAAUCCGUCCGGAUAUUGAUUGUAACCUACAUUGAAACUACACCUAUCGGAUGGAAAGUAUUAUGGACUACAUUACACUGAUUUACCCUUUUUUCUGUCUAAGUAUUUCAAAAUAAAAUCACCUCAAAUUAUUUUUAUGAAAUUGAUUAUUGUUUCCAGAGAAAGGGAGAGGAUGAUGGGGAGGGCGAAUGAGUCGGGAUAGCUCUGAAUUGUAGCCGAAAUUCGAGCCUAAAAAUGAUCUCUGACGUGAUUGUCAGCAUACUCCACUGAGACUCAUGUCGAAUGAUCAUCGGUUUUUCGUAUUCCUUUUUAAAAACUUCUGUAUAAUAUUGGAUUAUAAUUUCUACUCCAAGCCGGGAAUUGGAUCAGACGAUAGGUCCUGGCUGCGGUCGGGGUUGUUUGCCUUCCUCCCUUCUAUUUGGGCUAGCUCUAUACGAGCCUAGUAAAAGUUAUGAGUUAAUAUCGGGUCAUACUCUCCCUUUUAAUCGAUUCGGUGUGGCACAACUAACGAAUUCCAAUAUGGGCUAUCCAAACAUUCCAUAACCGAAUCACUUAGCAUCCUAAAAUAAAGGAAACAAUCGUAAUAAAAUGAAUAAUAAGUAUCAAACUUGAGUUGCCAACGCCAUGUUUUUUCAUGUUUUUAUUGGCAUAAACAUCGAUCUGGUUACUGUUAGCAACAAUCAGGGAGUACUAGAGUUUUAAUUUUUGGGGUGUUGCAAGGUUUUAUCGAUUGAAGGUAUUAUAUGUUUCAACCCUAGUACUUCAUGAGUCAUGAAAUUUCCAGGUGUUGUAUGGAAGUAGGAGGUCUUUAUUUUGUCUUUGGAUCAACCCCUUCGCAAGAAGCGGGUUGAUGAGAUCUCCGACAAGGAGAAGUGAGGAGAUAGGCGCUGGGAGUUGCGUACGCAGCUCAAGCGUGGGUGCUCCAGUCCACUUCCCGGCAAGCCAGCCGGUGGAGGUUAUGGACGGAGCGUGGUUGUUGAGGGCCGUCAACCGAGGAUCCAAAGGACGGUCCGCAAUAGAGGUGGCUGAGCAGCAGCUUGGCAAAAUCAUCGACUUUGCGUCCACUAAGUCGAACAUAAGCAAGGACCUGAAAACGGCCUUGCUUCGACUUAGGGCGUCGAUCGACGAUGCCAAGCAGGAGCACGCGGCACUCGCGUUGCUGACUGCUGCAGCAGCGGAGCCAGCAAAUGAGAAAGUGCCGAAGUUUACCCAAACGGAGGCCUUCUCCUUCGCAGGAAAUCCGAAUAAGGCGGAAGCGACUGCUCGCGACAAACGGGGCAAGCAAUCGCAGAAGCGGGCGAGGCAACCGUCAGGCGAGGAGCUGUCUGGCGGUGCCCGCAAGGCCAGGCGAAUCAUUACCCCGAAAGUCGGUAAUAAUGCCGGAAGGUUCCCGGAAAGCUGGGAAGGGUGGGCCUGAAAAGGCUGGCCCGUCCCGGAACGAUGGGAACAAGGGGUUGCGACCGCUAGUGGGCCCUCAACAGCCACAGAGUAGGGCGAUCCAAGGGGAGGACCCCCCUUGGACGAAGGUAGAGCGGAAGAGGAAGAAGAAGGCGAAUCCACAGGUAGUAGCGCAGGACGCCAAGCCAAGGCGUAGGAGGGCAGGUGCCAGGCGCGAAAAAGGCGACGCUAUCGUCAUCAAGACGGAACAGUCCAAGUACUCGGACGUCUUGAAGAUGAUGCGAAGCGACGCCAAGCUUGAGGGUCUUGGAGCCGACGUACGCAGUAUUAGACGUACUCGUACGGGCGAGAUGAUCCUGGAGCUGAAGCGCCAGAAGGAGCACAAGGGCGCCGCCUAUAAGAGACUGGCAGAAGAGGUCCUUGGUGAGGGUGUGCAGGUGAGGGCUCUGACACAUGAGGCGACUCUGAAGGUCAAGGACAUCGAUGAGAUCACCGAAGUGGAAGAGCUCGUCACGGCACUGCGGCAACAGUGCGAUGUGCAGGUGGCCGCCGCAGCCGUUAAGCUACGGAAAGGGCCAGCAGGGACACAGAUAGCUUUGGUUCAGCUACCUGUGGCGGACGUCAAAAAGUCCGUUAAAGUAGGGAGCAUAAAGGUGGGUUGGUGUGUAUGUCACCUGACAUUCCACGAGCCACCAGAGGUUUGCUUUAGGUGUCUGGAACCAGGACACAAGUCGUGGGACUGCAAAGGCCCCGACAGGCGCAAACUGUGCAGGCGAUGCGGCGCUGAAGGUCAUAAGGCCCAAAGCUGCACGAGUCCGCCCAUCUGCAUGAUCUGUACCGGGAAAUCCUCGAACAACAGACAUCCGAUGGGUGGCCCAAGGUGCCCGGCCUUCAAGAAAGCCGCAGUGAACAACAAAUCACAGUGCAGGUAA